AUGAAAUCGAUAUGCUUGGUGGACAAGUUAAUAUGGAAUUUUCCCGGAAAUAUGAAUCCUCAUUCUUUUGCCUUUGGGGAUGUCGACAAUGAUGAGGACAAUGAAUUUGUUAUCGGGAACCUAAAUGGUGAGUUGAGUGUGUUCAAGGGCAAUCCAAUUAAUGGACGUCCUGUAAUGACUGUUAAUGGAUUGGGAACGAUAACUUGCGUGGCUGUCGGAGAUAUUAAGAAUUCGGGCAAGAAUUCAGUUGUCUGUGUUAGUGCAGAAGGAGAAUGUAACAUAUUUGACAUCUUAAGAAACAAUUAUACAUCAACGACCGAUGAAGAAAACGUUCCAACGAGUACUAGAAGGAUUUCAGAAGCCAAAAUGCCAUUGAUAAAGCCUAAUCUCAAUGAUUACUCUAGAUUAACAUUAAAUGUCCCUGUUAAUUGCAAUCAUAUAUUGAUUGCUGAUAUCGAUGGUGAUGGUAUGAAUGAGAUAAUUCUUGCACGCACUGAUCGCAUAUUGCACGUAUAUUAUUAUGAAAUGCCAUUGCCUGCUGAUGGAUCGAUGGUCAACAAACCUUCUAGUAAGGAUCAACAAAAUUUAUUGACACGAUCAGGCAAUCUGAUCACAGAAAUUGCUGUAAAUAGAUCAAGUAAAGAUAAAUCAAAUGUCAAUGAGAUAAGUCCAACACUAAAAGAAAAAAAGCAAUGGUUUUUUGAUGAUCAGAUCACGUCAUUAUCUACAGCUACGGAUCCUCAAACAUCAUCGCCAUUAUUGCUCGUUGGCCAGCCUGGCGGCCAUUUUAUGAAAAUAGACAAAAAUGAGAAUCUAACCUGUCCUACUCAAAUGUCAAAUGAUUUACAAUGUCCUGAUGAAUUAACGGAAGUUUCAACAGAAGUAGCGAAAGGAAUAAAAUGGAAAAAUGGCAAAAGUUAUGAUGUUAUUGUGCUCAUUACUAUGGAUGGCAACUUUACCUUUUUUGACUUUCAAACAUCAACUAUGUCACGUCAUGAAUUACAAGUGACACAUAAGCUUUUUGGGAUAACUGCUAUAAAUUUUUUCUGUGAUGAAAGUGAAAUAUUGCCGAAAGGGCAAGAUGAUGACGUGUUUGUUGCAUGUACGUGGAACGGCAAUACUUAUAUAAUUGACCGAGAUUUUAAUGUGGUCAAGUUUGAAUUUGAAGGUCGAGUUUGUGCAUUUGCCGCUGGUCAAUAUGCCGUAGUGCCAGGUUGUAACGUUCCAUGCUUCAUCUAUGUUGAUUUUGAAGACCACAUAACUGUGUAUCACAACUUGCGAGUUAAUACGAAACCUGUACAAAAUUUCAUGGAAGUAAUGAAUGACCAAGUCAGUCAGAAUUAUAAUGUAUUCACAGAUAUCAUGAAAGAUUACGAUAUAGAAAAGCAGAACCUUUCAACUGAUCCUUGUCAAUAUUCACCCUAUAUCACUGGCAUUUUUCAACAAUGUUUGUACAAAUUAGAUGAUUAUAAUACCGUAAAAGAAAAUCUUGAGGAAAAAAUUAAAGAGUUGAAAAGAGUAAAACAUGAACAGAUUGAAAAAGCAGAGAGUGAAAAAGAAGAAAAUGAAAAUGAGAGUGAAAAAACAGAGAAUGAAAAAACAGAGAAUGAAAAAGCAGAGAAUGAAAAAGUAGAGAAUGAAACAUUAAAUGAAGAACUAAUGAGUGUAGACGAUUGA